AUGGCGAAAGCCGCGUUGCCCCUCACCAGCGGCUACCCGUCGCGCGACGCGUCGUCAGCUGAGCAAGGCGAAGGUUGGUCGGCUGCCGAGGUCUUUCCGGGGCAAGGCCUAAACCUCUCGGAGCUGGUCUUCCUGCCUGGUACAUUUUCUCCCUCGCCACCAAACCUUACGUCCAGAUUGACCAAGAAUCUGAAGCUGAACACCCCGGCUGUAAGUCUUGGCAAAUGUACUGAAGAAGGUAUGGCCAUGGCCAUGGCUCUUUCCGGCGGUUUGGGCAUCAUACACAGGCAUAUGCCCAUCAAAGAGCAAGCAACAAAGGUGCAGAGGGUGAAGCAGUACAACUCGGGCUUCAUCCUAAAUCCUGCUUGCUUAGCUCCAAGACACACAGUGGAGAUGGCACAGAAGCUGCAGGCUGAGCUGGGCUGUAGCGGAAUCCCUUUGACCGAGAACGGUCGUGUGGGUGGGCGCCUCAUGGGAUUGGUCACGAAGCGAGACUUGGAGGACAUGCCCAGGACUGCAACAUUGCAAUCACUGAUGAACCGAGAUGUGGUCUUUGCCGAGGAGCCUGUGACGCUCAAAGAGGCGCAUGUGGCCAUGCAGCAAGCGAAGGUCUCAAAGCUGCCGGUGCUGAAUAAGGACCAGGAGCUGGUGGCUCUCAUUUGUCGAGGGGACAUGAAGCAGGUGAAGCGACAUCCACACGCCUCCAGAGAUGCUAAUAGGCAACUGAUGGUGGCCGCGGCGGUCAGCCCUAAUGAGCCGAAUGCCUGGGACCGGGUGCAGGCCUUGGUCGGGGCUGGCGCCGAUUUGCUGUCUUUGGAGACCGAUGAAGGUGUUGACCACUACGUUAUCUCCUUCCUCAAGAGGACCAAGGAGGCCUUUCCGGGUCUGGACGUGGUGGCGGGUCCCGUGAAUUCCGUGCGCCAGGCCUCCAUGCUGUGCAACCACGGAGCAGACGCCAUCCGGGUGGGCCUGGCAGAGGGCGCCAGCGCCAGUGUUUUGUACGAUGUCUCGAGGACUCUGCGAGCCAACUAUGGAACGCCGGUCUUGGCAGACCUUCAGGCGAGCAACUCCGGAGAGCUCUUGAAGGCAUUGCUACUGGGGGCCUCCACGGUCUCUGUGGAUGCGAUGGUGUCCCGCUGCGAGGAAGUGCCUGGGGACCUCAUCUUCCGAGAAGGUGUCCGAGUGAAGCUGGAGACAUCAGGCAGUGAAGACAGCGCAGCAGUGGCAAUGGGAGUGGCAACCCACAAAAUCGAUGGAGGGUCUGCUCUCAGCUACAUUCCCAUCAUCUUGAACCAGCUGCGUAGGGGCCUGCAGGACCUGGGGGUCUCCGCCCUCGCUGAGACCUCGAAGGCCUUGGACCAAGGGCUUUUGCGCCUGGAGCGACAACUGCCCCGAGUGGUCUCUUUCCAGGACGAGAGGGAGAUGGGAGAUGAGUCCCAGCUUUCCCUGCUCCAUUUGCUCCGUGCACGUCGAAUUGCUUUAACAGAAGUGUUGUGUGAAAUGGAAAUGGACACAGAUGUUUGGAAGCCUUUUGGCUUCAACCUACAACAGGAGGAGGACAACAUGGCUCCCACACCGGAGCUGGAAAGGCCCGCGUCAACACGCGCUGCCAGCAGGUCGUCCUUUCAGCGGCAGGUCUCGGAUGCUUUGGGUCUUCAACGGCAACCCAGUGGGGGUCAGAGGGAGGAGCUCCGACCCCGGAGCGCACCUCAAUUGAGGCGAAAGGGGCCCCGUCCGAAGAAUCCCUUCAUCGAGUAUGACGCCCGGGAGAAGAGGCUGAACCAGGAGCGGAAAUGGCUCCAAGAAGCCAGCGGCUUCCUCGAGCAGCGGCGAAACGAACUCCGGCAGAGUGCCAAGAUGAAGCACUUGGACCUCCGGAGCGACACGGACGAUCGUCUCUAUGAGAACCGUACCUUUUACGGACCCGCUUCGAUGGCCAUGAAGGCCCGACAAAGGGCUCGUGGUCGCCCUCGUGAUGAGCCUCCCAAGGAGGUUCCACGUCCAUCUCCCAAGGAGCCUGGCACCUUAACCGCGCUGAAGCGCCUGGCGCAGGAACUAAAGAGCUCGAUCAGUGAAGACACGCAGAAAAGUUUUCGUGACGCCUUCAGGAGGUAUGAUGGACCCUAUGGACAGAUCCCCGAAGGUCAACCAGAGACCCGUCGGUAUGCGUUUGCUUUUCGGAGCAGCUCAUGA